AUUUUUUUGUUUCGUUUAUUAUAGUGCGUAGAUAACUUGUACUUUGCACUUUCUUUACAACAAGAGUAUAAAAUACAAAAUUUGACUUAUAAUCUAAUAACAAUCUUUGAAGCUUAAUCUAUUUUACAUUGAGUUAGAUAUGCCUAAUAUUAUAGGACUAUAUCCCUAUGUAAUUGACGCACCAAUUGAGAGGAUAGGCUAAGAUUUAUUUGUAGAGGAAAAUUCUAUAGGGUGUUUCAGAUACGAUGAAUCUAGCAACAACUACUAGAUUAUUUUGUGGAAGAAUAAAUAAUAUUCAUAAGUUAGGAGGUUAUGUGACUCGAGAUAUUGCCACAGUUGAGAACUUCAAAAUCAAAUGGUCUCGAGCACCUGUGAUUCGUGAAAUAGAUCCCAGACAAAGUGGUGAUUUGGGUUUAGAUAUACAUGUCGAUCAAAAUGACAUUCGUCUUUAUUACGAAAAUUCUAAAGAAUGGGAGGGCGCUAACGAUCUUGUAAGGAAGAUGUUCUCCAUAAAAUUUCAACGUGCGAAAGAAGUGAGAAAUUUGAAGAGAGAAAAAGCAAUGGCACUAGUAAAACGGCAUGUUUGCGAUCGAGGUUCUACAGAAUCCAGAAUUGCAGCAAUGACGAGUGAAAUACUGUACUUUCAGCAAUUUAUGAAAAAAUAUCCAAGAAACGUAAUCAUGAAAGUAUAUUUGAAAGAAUUGAUUGACAAAAGGAGGAAAUUCCUCAACGAUUUACGUAAAUGGGACUACAAGCGAUUUGAAUGGGUUCUUGAACGGAUGAAUCUUGUUUUUAAAGCUACACCAGUAAAAGAAGGUCCGGUAUCAAGAAAAGAUUCACUGAGAAUACUAACGCAACAGCAUUGCGAUAACAUCGUUCAAAGCAAAUUGGAUGCAUAUAAAAAGGAAUUAAAAGCGCAACAGAAAACUUUUUACCGUGAAAAGGCUGAAAAAUUAGCGUUUAUUUUAAAAGAAGAAAAAAAAUGGGGAUUGGAACCAUCUGUAACAGAAGAGGAUAUUGAGGCUGCACGGAAAAAAGCAGAGGAAUUGUCAAAUUAAAUAAAUCAUAAAUUAAUUAAAUUUAGUUAAACAAAUGCUA